AUGUCCCUCAUUCCUUGGCUCCGUUGGAAUGAGGCCCCACCACGGCUGUCAUCCCAAAGCCCAGCUGAGAUGGUGCUGGAGACACUCAUGAUGGAGCUGGCAGGGCAGAUGCGGGAGGCUGAGAGGCAGCAACGGGAGCGCAGGAACUCAAACAGGAAGAUCCGCACUGGUGUGGACUACAGCUGGUUGGCCAGCGUGCCCCGGCCCACCUACAACCUCAGCCCUGGUGAAAGGCUGCAACUGGAGGAUGUCUGUGCCAAGAUCCACCCAUCCUAUUGUGGACCUGCCAUCCUCAGGUUUCGACAACUGGUGGCAGAGCAUGAGCCCGAGGUGCAGGAGGUGGCCCGGCUGUUCCGCUCCGUACUGCAGGAAGUCCUGGAGAGGAUGAAGGAGGAGGAGGAAGCCCACAGGUUGACCCGCCAGUGGAGCCUGCGGCCCCGCGGCAGCCUGGCCACUUUCAAGACCCGCGCGCGCAUCUCCCCGUUCGCCAGCGACAUUCGGACCAUCUCGGAGGAUGUGGAACGGGACACCCCGCCGCCACCCCGGGCCUGGAGCAUGCCCGAAUUCCGGGCACCCCACGAGGACUGA